AUGCGGAAGUAUCGCAAGAACCAGCGCAACCAGCCAAACAACUUCGGUCAGCCAGUCGGCUUUCCAGAGCAUCUUGGGGGAAGAUUCAACGAGCGAGUCCCGUCCGUCCCCAUGCAAGACAUGGAUCGUUUCCCUAGAGACCCAAGACUCCCCAUUCUCCCUCCUGACCUUGCAGCGGCAUCGUUCCAUAGACCCCGCCUGAGUGCGUUCAGCAACCAAUCCUAUUCUCACCCCCAUGUGCAGCAGCAAAACGGCAAUAGCUGGCUUCCGGGACCUAUCAUGACGGGCCGUCAUCCUGUUAACCAGACGAGCACGACGGUGGUUGCUCCUGCCCUUGCGCAGAUGAGAGAGCAGGAAGAACAGUGCAGGCUUUUUUUGGACCGCUUUCGCUCCCCUGGUCCACAGCAGGAGUAUGAAGCACCGGCUUACAGCGCGAACUUUCCGAACGACGCGGUCCCCAAGAUGCAGAAACCUAUCGUCACUGACAAGGAAGUGAUGUUUGCUGGAUCGCGUUACCCGAACUCUCAGCUUCGCGGUGAUGCACCUGAAUUCGUUCCUGGCAAACCUUUCCUUGGCAAUGAUCAGAAGCCCAAGAGUGACCGGGGUUGGAUGGUUGUCACGAGCUGGUAG